AGGUAUUAACGAUAAUUAUCCUGUUUUUGGGGAAUGGCCGUACACCAGUCUGGAUGCAAAUGACAAUGCACUAAAGUUCAUUGAGGAGUCUAUACCACAUACGGAUGGAAGCGGAAGGUUUAGAAUUGAUACCAAAUCACAUGUUGUCGUCUUGGUAGGCGAAUAUAGAUACAAAGGGAUUGCUGCCCAAUGCAAUACCUACCGUGUCUUUGCGAACGGAGUGAAUAUUCUUCAUCCCCGAGUGGUCCAUGAGGCCUAUUACGCAAUGAUUCCGCUACUAGACGUCCUUCAGCACCCUAGUUAUCACUUGCCGCACCCAAUUUUCACUACCAGUAAAAAGUAGAUUCUAGAGGGAUCAGAGGAGCAGAGGUCUAGCAGAGGACCGGGAGACCUAUCGAGGAAGACUAGAUAUCUUCCGUUACCUGACAAACAAGUUUGUCACCAUCGCUCACCACUUUGCAGACGGAAUCACGAUCUGUUUCUUUUAGUUCGCAAUCACGAGGAAUGGGUUGCUAUUUAUAGCAGCAAUAAAUGCGAUGAGAGUACACGUGUCAAUAAUCUAACGGUCGAGGGGUCACCUCAACCGGGUGGCACCGGCACCUGCAAGUGGCCGCAUUAAAUGCGGUGGUUGGAUGUGACGUUGUACUCGGUACGUUGAUUCAGGCGCAUGUGAGGAGGAUAUUCUGUCGAGAAGGAUGCCUUCGGCUGUAGAUGACAAGCCGAAGGGUCUUCGUACCGGGGGCCUCAUAGUGCCGAUGGCUCUAAGUGUCGAAGGCUCGAUUUUCUAGCCUUGUUCUCCUGUGAUGUUUCUGAGCUUGAAUCUGGAAACGGUAGUCUUCGACCAUGGGCCCGAAGGCACCCCUUGUGUAUUGUGGGCUGCUUAGAGCUUCAUUUUGGUGGGCUUGGCCCGUUUGGGCCUGUUGGGCCUGGUUGUAGUAGUGAAAAAGUAUGUGGGUCGGGGGUCUCUGGGCCAUAUACUCCAUCAACUGCUAUUAUGCAUUAGCUAUCAUGCAUUGUUCAAUUUGAGUUUAAGAACAAUGGUAUUUGAAGUUUAGCUAUUUUUUAAAAAUAAAAUUAAUUUGUUUGUGGAUAGGUAUUAAAUUAAAACAAUUUAAGUUGUUUAUUUGACAGUAAUAGUCUGAGUUAGCCUAUUUCGAAGAAGUUGGAUAAUAUAAUGAAGUGAUGUGGAGAAUUGUAUGACGAAUCAAUAAGGGAAGAAGACUCAUUAUUUGAGACAUCGUGUGACUCGUUUGUGUAUACCCAGCAAUUAGUACAUGUUAUGCUACUAUAUUAGAACUCUGAAAACUACAAGACUUUCCAGUUGUGUGUGUAAUUAAUAUGUUUUAUUAAAUCUAUAUCUAUUUCUGUUCAAAGGAGAAUAAAAAGGUC